UCCACGGCAGUUAGCAGCCCUGUUUACAGGCCAGCCCAGAUAUAGGAGUGGUGAAGAGUGGGAUUUAUCUUCUCUGUUCCAUAGGCUACUUCAGCUUCUGCCUCUGUCAAUGCCUCAGCAAUCACUAGAAGUCUGCAUUUUGCCCUUCUUCCUGUGACUCAUCAGAUCAGAGAAGACACGUGUGAGACAUUGGUGGUGGUCUCAGUUUGAAAUCCCCACUCGCGAUGGUGCAUAUAUCAACUAGAAAUGUCCAGGCCACCAACAUGUUGUUCUCCUCCUGGGCCUUAGUCUUCUUGGCAGUAGGAAUCAUCAUAGAAGAAUGGGUUGAACUGAAAUUCGAAACAAAAAACGAUACGAUAAGCCACAGUCCAUGGAUAUGUUGCACUUCUGUUUGGCCAGAAGAUAACCUGAAAGUGGUCAGGAUUCUGAUGAUUUGGGUCCUGUCCCUUUCCUUCUUCCAUAACAUGUUCCUGGGUUUGGAAUUUACCUAUCUGCUUCCUCAAAGUAAACUUGUCCUCUUCGUCAAUGUCUUCCUCAGUUUCCUCUCAGGUAUCCUUCUGCUCUGUGCACUUCUACGUUAUCGCCGAAAUCUAAGGCAAGGUCAAUCCGUGUACUAUGCUAGUUACAGGAUCACCUGGAUCAUUUUCACUGCCUACUUAAAUGUUUUCUUCUUUAUUGUCUCUGGAAUCCUCUCUGUCCUACAACACAAGCAGUCCAUCAAUUGUUGUGGCUCACUGACCAUCCUUCAUGAAUCUGAGAGAGAAAUUCAGGAUAUACAGCAAUCUGAGAGUUCUGUCAGAGUUACUUCAUUACCAGCACGCACUGCAAUGCCUCGUAGUAUUGUACGUGUGCACUCCACACAUACCGGCGAAGAUUCUCCAAACAAAUCACAAAUCCAGACACGUCGUGUAACCUGGGCUCUAUGAUUUGACAAUCUACAUUUCAGUAUAUGCUCAUCUUAAUGGAAACAGCUUUGUCUGUAUGUGCUGUGUCUAUCUCCAACUGUGUUGUCCGUGUUUGGCAUUAUGAAAAUAACUGCGAGUGAAUUGCAGUCGGUAAGAAGAUCCAGAAGACGGCUUAUUUUUUUAAUCCUGACCUGCUGAACAAGCUUUCUUCUAUUUGUUCUCACCAUUUAAUAACAUGUGUAUUUAAUCUAAUAAAUGGUA